GACUGGAAGAAAUCCCACUGAAGCCUAUUCAAGACUCAGGGAACGUUUUGAAGCAAGGGUAUCUGGAGAAGAGGUCCCGAGAGCACAGCUUUUUUGGGUCAGAGUGGCAGAAGCGGUGGUGUGUCCUCAACAGAAAGACCUUUUACUACUACGCCAAUGAGAAAAGCAAACAACCUAAAGGCAACUUCUCCAUCGAGCACUAUAGUGCCCGGCUGGCUUUUCAUCUCCGCAAAGACUCCCGAAAAAGAUGCUGUUUCGAGUUAACCUGCCCUGGCAAACGCACCUACGAGUUCACAGCCCCAAGCCCGGCAGAGGCUGAAGACUGGGUGGAUCAGAUCCAGUUCCUUCUGAAGGACCUGAGCUCCCUCACCAUUCCAUACGAUGAGGAGGAUGAAGAAGAGCCCUACAAUGAUGUGGACAGUUCUGACUCUGUGAACACAACAUCCCACAAUACUACUCUGAAUCAGGAUGAGCUGAACAUUGAGAUGAAAGAGGAUGACAUCUACGAGGUUUUGCCAGAUGAGGAGCUGGAGCCCCCAUUCCCAGAGGACAGUGAGGAUGCUCGAAGCAGACAGAGAAGGGGAGGUCUCCAACGACGAGAUUACGCUAAUUACUACCAAGGCAUGUGGGACUGCAACGGCGAGCAUCCCAACGAGCUCUCCUUCCACCGUGGGGACCUCAUCUAUGUCCUAAGCAAG